UUUGUAGCUGUGUGUGUGUAUCAGCUGAUGACUGAUGGGCCGGUCCUAUAGUUGCAGGAAUGCACACACACGCACACACACAGUACUUUUCCUGCGGUUUUUGUGGGCGUGGUCAAUUUAGAGGACACGCAUGUGACCUCCAUACACAGGAAGCCUAGUUGUCACUCAGCGUCAGCCGCUUUAUAUUUAUGACGACAUUUCCGAGCGUCAGUGAAGGCAACACUUCUCUAGCGUCCCAAGCGUUACUUUUGCUUCGUCCUCGAGGGGAGCAGAACCAAACCCACUUUUUUUUUUUUCUUCUUCCACGGGAGACUCUUUCACUUUUAUCCCCUCAAGUUCUUCUCGUCGAACCACCGAGACGCCAUCAUGGCUCGCAGCGGUUCCCCCCCGCACGCAGCUCCAUCAUGCCAAUCCUCAAGAACCUUCCGAUGCGCCUGAAGGGCGGCCCCACUUUGGACAACGCCCUGUUCAUUCGCAGGAUGAGCCUCCAAAUCAACCCGCGCCACCACAACCCCUUCGACGACGAUGAGGACGGCGGCCGCGGCGACCGCUCUUGGUCGCCAGCCGGCUCCUUCUUGGACGGCGAUGUCCCUGGUGAACGUAACCCCUUCGAGGACGGGGAGGACGACAACGAGGCCGACGAGGGCAAGAAGGCCAAAGGGGAACGAGGCGGCUCAGGGAAGGGCUCCUUCAUCAAGUCGCCCCUCAAGAGUUUGGGCAAGCUGGGGAAGAAUAUGAGGUUGUCGGGACGAGGCAAGAACGGAGGGACGCCCUCGCCGCAGGGAACGCCGUCCCCCGCGGACAAGAAGAAAAGAGGUCGAAGGAGCUCAGAAGGAAGUCUGCUUAGGUUCGCGGGCAAGUACCGCGACACGCUAAGCUUCCGCAAAGAGUCUAUGGCCAACGGUGACUCCAACUGUUGUGACAGCGAGUGCGACUCUUCCAGCCGCCGUCUGUCCUUCAUGAAAAUGGUCGGGCUGGGCAAGGCCAAGCGUGAGCUCGGGGCCGACUCCUCCUCGCAGGCUCCCGAGGAGCAGCUGGUGUGCAAGGAGCCAGAGGUGGAGGUCAAGCCCAGGGAGCCGCUCUCCGUGCUAGAGAUCCUUCAGCUGGUGAAGAAGCGCGACCUCGUGCUGGCCGACGCGCACAUCCAGGAGCUGGAACAGGAGUGCAACGGGCCAGAGCGCGGUUCUGCCCCGGAGGAGGCGAGCGGCAAGGACGGCGGGCGGCGGAAGGCCAAAGACGUGGAGCUGCUUUAUGAAGAGCUGCAAAAAGAGUUGUGGGCGGUGGUGCGUGAGUCGUUACGCUCGCCCACCGCAGGGCCCAACUUGGGCCUUGUGGUUCAGGUCCUUCAGCAGGAGGAGCUGGUGGACGCGAGCUGGUCGUCGACGGGCGGGCCAAGACCACGGCAGCUAAAGCGGCGCUGGAGGGAGGCGGUGGAAGACGCGGCCGACGGAUCGCUGCCUCAGAGGGCCGAGUUCACUGCCGGCGAACUGGCCGGGUACCUGGACCGCAUCCAGACCCGGGUGGUGGAAGACCUUGACGCCGCUAAAAGGAAUGUGGUCAACAUCUACCCUGACGAGUACCAAGCCCUGCAGGUGUACAUGCAAAGUUACCACCAGGCGGUUGCAAAGCGAAUACAGGUCAUAACUGAGCAGCAGUUGCAGAUUACUGACAUUUACUCUCUGCUGGAUUGGCUACACAACAUAUACAACAGGAGUGUUUUGGCCAAGGUUUGUGCAUCGGAUCCUUUGAGAGGGUCUCAUCUGGGACCCCUGCUGCCUUCAGACGUCAUCGACAGGCUGGAACAAGAUUGCCUCAACUCCGUCAGGGCGAAAGUGACCACGGAGUUUACUCAAGUCUUGGACGAGGAGGAGAAAAGGUGGAUGGAGAUGCUGCACGUGGAAGAGUACAACAUCACUCUUGCAAAAACUAUUAUGCAGAGGUUGCAAGUUGAUCUGGAGCGUUCCGCCUCCAUCAAUAAAAGUUUGGGCUCCAGAGUGGCUCAGUGCAGCCUCAACGGCCUGGCAGACUUCCUCUACAGUUUCCAGCGUAAAGUGGACUUAUUUCACGAAGGGCUGCAGAACGGAUUUUUCGGAGAGCACGAGGACGGCUACGUGUCCAAAACGGUCGCGCUGGUCAACUGCUGCCCACCGUUCAGAGGUUUCGUCCAGCGUUGCCUCCCGCAUGACACGACGACGGCGGUUAGCGACGAUUCGCUGCGGCGUGCCAACAAAGCGCUCGAUCAUAUCGUCCAACAGGGGGUGCGGGUGCUCUCGGACCGGCUCUUCCUCCACAUCAGGCCAUUUUUUGAGCGCUUAGUGAAAAGAAAGUGGCUGAGCAACACAGAUGCGUACGAGCAGAUCGAAGCGGCCAUCAAGGAACAUUUUAAGAAAUAUCGUAGGAUGGAAAACCCGCCCUACCAGCUGCUAGUGGCGGUGAUUCACCGUCGCGUCAUGAUGGAGUACCUUCGCUCCGUGAUGCGAGGGCGAAUCAUCUGCACGUCGCUCAAGAUGAGAAAGAAGAUGGCUGGACGCCUCAGGGACGAAGGACAGCAGAUCAAAGUGCUCUUCAAGGACCUGGAAUCGCCGUCGAGCUGGUUGGACGGAGCGCUGGCUAACAUCUCUGAGCUCAUUCAGCUGGAGGACAUUCCCUCUAUCCAGAUGGAGGUGGGAGUUCUGGUUCGAGAGUUUCCAGAUGUUAGGAAGAAACAUGUGUCAGCCAUUUUGAACAUCCGCGGCAUGACACGGCAACGUGAGCGGCAAGAAAUCCUCAACAUCGUCAAGGACAUUGAGAACGGCGCAGGCGAUGCCGGCACCGCCGGUCCAGCCCGCGUGAGCCGGGAUCGGCUCCUGUUCUCCGAGAUCCCCGUGACUUCCGAGGUCCACUGCCUGAACGUGGGCCUGAGCCGAAUGGCCCUGGCCGCUUCCUCCUGCUACGCCACGCUGCGUCCCCGCGGACGAAAGGCCCGGACAUCGACGCAGGACAACUCGGACGAUGUCCUCUGAGACGGCGGCUGUCCGGGAGCUCUCGAGGUUUUCCAAAAAAGACUUUAAAUGUUUCUUAAAAUAUUUCUCCUCAAUUUCAAUUCAUAUUGGUUAGACCGUCUUGAUUUUAAACUAAGCUCGCUAAACGAUUUUCAAGUUUUUCAGCCAUCCUUUUCAACCAACAUUCCCGAAUUUUCGAGAAUAAUUCAGUGCUACACUGUAGAGAAAAAAAACAUAAAUUCACGGUAAAAUACAGGUUUCUGUGGUUGCCAGAAUUUUACUGUGGGGAAAAAAAACCUUAAAUACACGCAAAAAUGGGUAAGUGCUUCGGUAUCCGUAAAGUUCACGGGAGGUUUUUUAAAUUGAAAAUCACAGCAGAAAAUGAAUUUAGUAUUGCAAUCUUUUUUACACUGUGAUCCAUACGUAUUCAGUUUUAAUGGCGGUAAUGCCAGCACGCUCUUUUUCUGAUGGCAGUCGAACAUGCUAACUGUUGAGCUACGGAACACUGGUCAGAGUAUGUGCUGUCUAAACUUGACAAAAAAUCGAACUUUUAUUCGUUAAACACGAUGAUAUACAGUAUUUUGUCUUAUUGUUCAACACUAAUAUGUAGUCAUGUGAAAAAAUUUGGACACUCCAUUAAAUAUUCAGGCCUUUAUCAGGAAAUGUUCACACAUAUCUGGAAAAGAAAGUCAUUUGAUUGCAGGUAAACAACAAAAAUUAAUAUUGUUUUACUCAUAAAACCAAAUAUAUCAACAAAAAUGCAUAUUCAAACUGAGGAAAAAGUUAGGACACCCUACCACCUAAUAGCUAGUGGUGCCCCCUUUGGCUGAAAUAAUUUCAGUGGGACGCUUUGUAGCUAUCUACCAGUCUUUGACAUUGGUCUGAAGAAAGUUUGCCCCGCUCCUCAGUGCAGAAUACUUUGAGCUGUCAGAUGUUUGAAGGGUUUUUUGCAUGCACAGCCCGUUUCAAGUCACCCCACAUAAUCUCAGUGGGAUUAAGAUCUGGGCUUUAACUCGGCCAUUCCAGAACUACCCAAUUCUUACUUUUCAGCCAGUCCUUGGUGGAUUUACUGGUAUGUUUUGGGUCAUUGUCAUGUUGCAGGGUCCAGUUUUGCUUCAGCUUUAAUUUUUUUCAAAGAUAUCACAUGUUCCUGAAGCACCCUCUGAUACAUGAUAGAAUUCAUGGUGGAUUCUAUGACAUCCCCAAACCAUGACACUUCCACCUCCAUGCUUCACAGUUGGUAUGAGGUUCUUUUCCUGGAAUGCUAUAUUGGGUUUACGCCCAACAUGUCUCUGUUCUGGUGUCCAAAUAAUUCCAUUUUAGAUUCAUCUGUCCAAACAACAUUAUUCCAGAAGUCCUGUCUUUGUCUACACUCACUCUGGCAAACUUUAGUCUGGCCUUCAUGUUCUUCUUGGAGAGCAAAGGUUUCCUCCUUCCACACCUCCCAUGAAGGUUAAACUUGUGGAGUUUCUUUCUAAUUGUAAAGGCAUGCACUUUCACAUCAACUGUAGCAAGAGCCUACAGUCUGCUCUCGGGGUGAACUUGCUUGGACAGCCAGACCUGGGCAUGUUGGCAGUUGUUUUGAAUAUUCUCCACUGUAGACUAUUUUUCGGACAGUGGAAUGGCUGAUUUUAUAUUCUUUUGAAAUCCCUUACCAUACUCAUAAGCGUAUACAAUCUUCUUCCUAAAGGCCUCAAACAGUUCCUUUGAUCUCACCAUGGUGUUUUCUCUCAUUUCAACAGUCAAGGGCACACCAAACUAAAUGUGAGGUUUAAAUAAGGCAAGCCUCCAAAACACAGGGUAAUGAUGUUCUAGGGGUGUCCUAAUUUAUUCCUCAACAGAAAUUGCAUUUAUUUAAAAUGACAUUUUACAGCAAGUUAUAAAAAUUCUUUCUUUUCAGUUUUAAUUUUUCAGUUCGAUUACAUGAAUCUCUCGAGAUGGUUAAAUUUCAUAUUAAAUAACCAUAUGACCAAAUAUGUUAGAAAACACACAGGCUUCCAUAAGGUGUCCUAAUGUUUUCACAAUACUGUAUGUAUACAGCUGGCCAAAUCAACGUUACUCUGAACCAUCGUAAAGGCCCAUAUUUUAAUCACUUUCACCAAUUUUCUUCAACUAAAAAUACAUUUUAAUUGUACUUUAUCCAUUCCAUCCCAUGUUUAUUUUAAACAUUGAGUUCUCAACAUUUAGUUGUUUUUCCUUUGCAUGUUUGCAUGCCAAAUUUAACUAUAAAUUUUGUAAAUGUUUACAAUGGUAAUAGCUUUUUGAAAAUUGCGUAUUCAGAAAGCUCAUGAUAACUCACCUGAAAUACAGUACUGGCCAAAAGUGUUGGCACCCCUCAGAUAAUGCUCAAUUUCUCCCAGAAAAUGAUUGCUAUUAUAAAUGCUUUGGAAUUAAUAUCCUCAUUUAUUUUGCUUGAAAUGAAAAAACACAAAAGAGAGUGGGGGAAAUUUUUUUUUAUCAUUUUACACAAAACUCCAAAAAUAGGCCGGACAAAAGUAUUGGCACCCUUUGCAAAAUCAUGUGAUGCUUCUCUAAUUUGUGUAAUUAACAGCACUUGUUACGUACCUGUGGCCCAUAACAAGUAGUGGCUAUAACUAAAUCACACUUGCAGCCAGUUAAAGUGGAUUAAAGUUGAAUCGACCGAUGUCCUUGUGUGUACCACAUUGAGCAUGGAGAAAAGAAGACCAAAGAACUGUCUGAGGACUUGAGAAGCAAAAUUGUGAGGAAUCAUGGGCAAUCUCACAGCUACAAGUCCAUCUCCAAAGACCUGAAUGUUCCUGUGUCUACCGUGCGCAGUGUCAUCAAUAAGUGUAAAGCCCACGGCACUGUAGCUAACCACCCCAGAUUUGAACGGAAAAGAAAAAUUGAUGAGAGAUUUCCACGAGUAGAGCUUUUUGGUAAAAGGCAUCAAUAGUUCACAGGGAAAAAAACAAGGCCUUCAAAGAAAAGAACACGGUGCCCAAAGUCAAACAUGGUGGAGGUUCCCUGAUGUUUUGGGGUUGCUUUGCUUCCUCUGGUGCUGGACUGGUUGACCGUGUGCAUGGCAUUAUUAAGUUUUAAGACUACCAACAAAUUUUGCAGAAUAAUGUAGGGCCCAGUGUGAGAAAGCUGGGUCUCCCUCAGAGUUCAUGGGUCUUCCGGCAGGACAAUGACCUAAAACACACUUCAAAAAGCACUAGAAAAUGGUUUGAGAGAAAGCACUGGAGACUUGUAAAGUGGCCAGCAAUGAGUCCAGACCUGAAUCCCAUGGAACACCUGUGGAGAGAUCUGAAAAUGGCACCCUUCAAAUCUCAGAGACCUGGAGCAGUUGGCUAAAGAAGAAUGGUCUAAAAUUCCAGCAGAGCAUAGUAAGAAAUUCAUUGAUGGAUACCGAAAGCGGUUGUUUGCAGGUAUUUUGUCUAAACGUUGUGCUAUCAAGAUUUAGGCUGAGGGUGCCAAUAUUUUUGUUCAGCCCAUUUUUGGAGUUUUGUGUAAAAUGAUGAUUUUUUAAAAAAUCAUUGUCUUUUGUGUUUUUUUUCACUGCAAGCAAAAAAAUGAAGAUAUUACUACCAAAGCAUUUGUAAUUGCGUUCAUUUUGUAGGAGAAUUUGAGCAUUAUCUGACACAAUUGCAGCGGUGCCAAUACUUUUGGCCAACACUGUAUAAAGCCAUUUUACCUUUUUAUUAAAAUGGUGAGGGAAAUGGAUGCAUUUUCAGUGGCUUUUCAGAUAGUAACUUGUCACAUGACAAUGUGACUCAUGAGGAUGACUGCUUUCUCCAUAAAAUGAAAUUUUACAGUUUCCUAGCUCUAACAUGUAUAGGUUUGACCCUUACGCUAACGGAGAAGCACUGUUACAGUGAGUAGCUCCAUUGUUGUUUUGUGCUGAAGCUCAACAGACUGUAGGCUUAACACAAUUUUUUUGUGCGGGCCAUAUCCAACAAAAGUUUUAUAAUUUGCCGUGGGCCAAAAAGAACUGGGCCGCAGUUGGCCCACAGGCCGUAGUUUGGACACCCUUGGUGUAGCAGGUUUUCUUGACGUUUAAGCUAGACUAUUAGAUCGGCUAUUAGCUCAGCAGUUAGCACGCUCGACUGCCACAGUGACAUCAACAUUAGAGUGGUUACACAUGCAUUUUUGUUGCGUUACAGCAAUCUUUUAACAUUUUAACAGUACAAUUCUGGCAACCAAAGCUGUGAGUAUUUUACCGUAAAUUCAAUGGCGGCCCCCCCCCCCCGCCCCCCCCCCCUUUUUUUUUAACAGUGUAGGAACAUUGGACACUUUCUGGCUUCUAUUGUUGCACAUGAUGAAAAGGGCAUAGAAAUAUGAAUCAUGGUACUAGAUGACAUCAUGCUGAUUGUAUUUAAAACUAGCACAAUGUGGGACAUACUGAUGAAAAAAAUGGUUGGUUGAUUAAUUAUGAUCACUGAGAUGCAGUUUGUAAGAAAUAAAGCUAUUUAGUGGCGUUUUUGAUUAACCUUUAAU